AUGGCUCAGCCCGAUGACCCACAAACCGAGCCGCCGCCCACCGCCAGACACAGGCACUUCUUCUCCAGGCUGCUGGAUCGCGCGCAUCAGCGAGGGCGCUCCGAGUCGGUGCCUCCCCAGGGCUUCGCUGGUUCUCAGACUGCGCCUCAGCUGCAGUCUCCGGAGGAGACGACUUCGCAAGACCAGAAUCAUGACCCCGUCAAGGGCGCCGGCACCGCCCCGCGCCGCGUGUCGAGGAGUGUCGUCCCUGGCUUGCCCCGUGUGAAGACGUUCAAGCGCCAGCUGUCGGAGGAUAGGGACCGUCUGGCGCCCGUCCAGCCCACACCCGAGGAGAGAAGGGCCGUGUCGAUGGAUAGGCGUUCUCAUGCCCUCCACACGCGGCAUCAAGGGCAGACAGAUCCACGCGCAAGCGCCCCAGACAACAUCAGCUCAGUAGUAGCGAACCAUGAACCGGCCCCCUUUUCGUCGUUGACGCUCGCCCAAGACACCACCGACCUCCACGCGCAAUCGCUAGGCGGCGAACCCUUUGGUGACAACUUGCAGCAGACUCAGGGCUACGAAUCGGAAGCCAUGACAGAAGAUGGAUCUAUAGCACAUUCGGAGAUUGACGAAUUUGACAGGAUGCUCCGCUACGAGCUGGAGACAACCUGGAUCCUCAACCUCAGCAUGCGCUACAAGGACCGCUCCAAUCGGGAAAAGUUCUUUGUCACCUACCGCGAGAGCGAACAGCUGUGGCGUCGCGUCACUGUCACGCUCGACUACCGGAAUGCGCCCGAGGGCUCGCUCGAGGAAGAGCUGUUGGGCAUGAAGUACCAGCGCGACAAGAGCUCCAAGAUUUACGAGUCAAUACGUCAAAGCCUGCCUGAGAUCCAGUUCUACGAUACGGUCACCAACCUCAAGCUGGAAACGACCGACGAUCGGCUGCAUGUGCACGUGGUGGAGGAUGGCAACGAAAUCUUCAGCUACCCCCCGGUUCAGCAGGUCGCACACCUCGGGUGCAAGCUUGUCAGGGAGCGAGAGCUGUUAUUUGAUCACCACAUGUCCGGGUUUGUAUACAAGGUCUCUAUCGACAACCAGCCCCUGAUCAAGAAGGAAAUUCCCGGGCCAGAGACGGUGGAAGAGUUCCUCUACGAGAUCAAUGCCUUGAGCAGCCUGACGUACUCGGACCAUGUGAUCAAGUUUUACGGUUUGGUGGUAGACGAUGAGCGGGAGUGCGUCAAAGGUCUUCUUAUCAGUUACGCAAACGGGGGUGCUCUCGCCGACAUCAUCUACGACAGCUGCAAGGAGAGGAGGCAAGGACUAGCGCAGUUUCUCAAGGAACGCUGGGCGAAACAGAUCAUCCGUGGGCUGGCUGACGUCCACGAGUCCGGCUUUGUGCAGGGUGACUUUACGCUGUCCAACAUUGUCAUUGACGACUUCGAGAAUGCCAAGAUCAUAGACAUCAAUCGGAGAGGCUGCCCGGUCGGGUGGGAGCCUCCUGAGGCGACGGCCCUGAUCGAAUCCAAUCAGCGCAUCACCAUGUACAUUGGUGUCAAGUCCGACUUGUACCAGCUCGGCAUGGUGCUGUGGGCACUGGCAAUGGAUGAAGACGAGCCGGAUAGGGAGGGACGGCCGCUCAUCCUAGGGGACGAUGUUCAGAUAGCCGACUGGUACAGGAAGGCGACCAACAUUUGCCUCAGCCCCGAUCCUCGAAACCGUCUGCAAGCUUCCAUGCUCGUGCAAUUGCUCCCUGACGAUCCCGUGCCUGCCACGAAUCUCGUCCCUGCGGACGACGCCCUGCACGCAACGCCGCAGCAGGAAUACCACCCAGACGGCCGGCCGAGGAUCAAGGUCAAUGACUUGAAUAGUCGAUGGUUCAGCCCGGAUCGCUCCAACGGGCCGAGCGAUUCGCGAGGUUAUAACGCCUGGCAGCAUUACGCUCCGCGAGGCCGCUCUCCUCCGAGUCCGAUGCCAAGCAACGUCGACUGCGGUUCCAAGUCGCCACGAAGAUUCCACACAGAGUCUGCCUGGGCUGCGAACAGGAAUAUUCGGCCGUGCUACAGCGACAUUGGGGCGGACGAGGUG